AUGAUCGACGGCGUGGUGAAGCUCUCCUCGACGACUGUCAAGGACAUCAUGGUGCCGCGUCCGGACGUGGUGUUCGUGUCGGUGGAUGCGGAGCCCGACGAACUGCUGGACACCAUCGCGGAGAGCGGUCACUCCCGGCUGCCGGUGUACCACAAGACCGUCGACGACGUGAUCGGCGUGCUGUACGCGAAGGACCUGCUGGGCCAGGUCGUCGGCAACGGCCAGAAGGCGAACGCCGGCAAGGCGAUGCGCAAGCCGUACUUCGUUCCGGAGAGCAAGCGCGUCGACGAGCUGCUGCACGAGUUUCAGCGUCGCCGGUCCACCUGGCGAUCGUCGUGGACGAGUAUGGCGGCACGUCCGGGAUCGCCUGCAUGGAGGACGUGCUGGAGGAGAUCGUGGGCGACAUACAGGACGAGUUCGACAACGAGAGCGAGGAGGUCCUCAAGCUGGGUGCGGGGGUCUACCUGUGCGACGCGACUGUGGCUUGAUGAGCUUGCCGACUACGGGCUGACGAUGGCGCUGCCCGCCGACGAGUUCGACACCCUUGGCGGGUUCGUCUUCGACCUGUUCGGGAAGAUUCCCGUGAUCUACGAAACCAAGAGCUACGGCAAUGCCGAUUUCGUGAUCCAGGGAAUGGAGGGCCGCCGCAUCACGCGGGUGAAGAUCGUCGUCCGCCGCGAGCCGGAAGGCGACCCGCAGCAGGAUCGCUCCGCGUGA